AUGGAUAUCGUUUCCCACAAUCAGGUUAAGUCUCUCUCAACGCUCGGCAUAUACGAGUACAACAACUUCGACGACGGGCACAACAGACACCAGCAACAAUGGGUCAGCCACGGACAGCAAUGCUUGCUUGCCAUGCAGCCUGCCUUCGCCAGCUCUCUGCCUGUCCAGAUCCUUCUUAAUGGCAUCGUCCUUGCCCUCACCUGUGUUCUGCUUUUCCACCUGCUCUUUACAGCACAAUAUCACUGGCCACUCGCCCCACUCAACUAUGCUCUCCAACUUUCUGGAGUGCUUUCACUCUUGAUUUCGUUGAUUGCGACACUGUUUGUAGUGCUAAGUAGUGCAUUUAUGGAUACACAGGAAUGGCCAUACAUGAUCAACUAUUUGGCAAAGGACAUUCCACCGAUUGCAAGCUUGAGUGGAAAUAGCACAGAUCUGAGUGUGACGGAUUCGCUGACGUGGACGACGGCUGAGUUGGCAGGGUGGUGUAACCUCUGA